CGCCUCAUCAAAUUUGCAAUGGGAUCUGCUUCUCAACAGCCAUGGGUUGCAAUAGCAGUGUUUGUGAUAGCUACAGCGCCACUAUCAACGUCAUGCCCCUACGCCUCCAUCUUCAGUUUCGGUGAUUCACUCGCCGACACUGGCAACUUGUAUUUCAGCUCCCUCGCACCCUGUCACCAUUGCUUUUCCCCUCCCUAUGGCGAAACCUUCUUUCACCAUCCCUCUGGACGCUGCUCCGACGGACGCCUCAUCAUUGAUUUCAUUGCUGAGUCGUUGGGACUUCCACUGGUGAAACCCUAUUUUGGAAUUAAGAAGUUUGGUGGAAUGGGAGAUUGGAAUGUGAGUGGGGGAGCGAAUUUCGCUGUUGUAGGAGCGACGGCGUUAGAUUCGGAAUUCUUUGAAGAGAGGGGCAUUGGGAUCAGCACCAAUUAUUCUUUGAAUGUUCAAUUGAACUGGUUCAAGGAACUGCUUCCUGCUCUCUGUAACUCUUCAGCCGAUUGCCAUAAAGUUCUCGAGAACUCAUUAUUUCUCGCGGGUGAAAUUGGAGGGAAUGAUUUUAAUUAUCCUUUAUUUGGACGAAAGAGCAUAGUGGAGGUUAAAACAUUUGUGCCGUACGUAAUCAAUGCAAUAGCUUCCGCUGUUCAUGAAUUGAUUGAUCUAGGGGCACGCACGCUUAUGGUUCCUGGGAAUUUACCACUGGGAUGCAGUGCAGUCUAUUUAACACUAUAUGAAACCGUAGAUAAGAACCAAUAUGACCAAUAUGGGUGCUUGAAAUGGUUAAGCGAGUUCGCUGAAUAUUACAACCAGAAGCUCCAAAGUGCAAUCGACAGGCUUCGAGAACUUCAUCCUCAUGCUAAUAUAAUUUAUGCUGAUUAUUACAAUGCUGCAUUGCCAUUAUAUCAAUAUCCCACAUAUUUUGGUUUUACAGGUCUCAAAAGUUGUUGUGAAAUGGGAGGUACAUACGAUUUCAAUGCAUCAGCAAGUUGCGGCAGUCCAAGUGUGGUUGCUUGUGAUGAUCCUUCUCAGUAUAUUGGGUGGGAUGGUGUUCAUUUGACCGAGGCUGCAUAUAGAUUCAUAGCCGAAGGUUUAAUAAAUGGACCAUAUUCUCUCCCUCAGUUUAGUACCCUGUGCUUCACGAAUAUAAACAAUGAGUAUUUCAAUAGCUAAAUUGUUUCUUCUGUCGAAAUAAAACGAAAGAAAAUCAAUUUACAUACUGUUCCUGCUUG